AUACAUCUGAUAACCAGCUGCAAAUGAACACUUGAGACACGUGAAGGCAGACAGGUGACUUCUCUGUUAGCUUCAACCCAACUUAAGACAAUGACUAACCGUAUGUGUGGAGGAUGGAGUGAGACAAUGGAUUCAGAUGAGGAAAUUCAGCAUAUUUGUGAUCUGGUGAAGCCCCAAGUGGAAAAAGAGACAGGACAGGAUUAUGUGGUAUACACAGCACUUAAAUACAGGUCUCAGGUUGUGAACGGAGUCAACUAUGUCAUCAAGGUUCUUGUUGGAGAAGAGGAAUGCCUCCAUCUGAGGGUCUACCAAAGACCUCGGUAUAACUACGAUGUGCAGGAUCCACUCCCAGAGCUGAAGGGUGUAGAGCAGCACAACACCAGAGAAACUCCCCUCGUUCCCUUUUAG